UGGGAUCUUCAAACUAGGGUUUAGCUAUUCCUUGUUCUCUGCUGCCGCAUUUCACAUUUCCUCAGAGCUCAAUCUCAAACCCUAACCAUGUCGUUGGUAGCCAAUGAAGAGUUUCAGCAUAUUCUUCGUGUUCAGAACACAAAUGUCGAAGGGAAGCAAAAGAUUAUGUUUGCCAUGACCUCUAUUAAGGGUAUCGGGCGUAGAUUCGCCAAUAUCGUCUGCAAGAAGGCUGAUGUCGACAUGAACAAGAGGGCUGGAGAGCUUUCGAAUGCUGAGAUCGAUAACCUGAUGAGCAUUGUUGCCAAUCCACGUCAGUUCAAGAUCCCAGACUGGUUUCUUAACAGAAAGAAGGAUUACAAGGAUGGUAAGUUCUCCCAGGUGACUUCUAAUGGUCUUGACAUGAAGCUGAGGGAUGAUUUGGAGAGGUUGAAGAAGAUCAGGAACCAUCGUGGUCUACGUCACUACUGGGGCCUUAGGGUUCGUGGUCAACACACCAAGACUACCGGUCGCAGGGGAAAGACUGUCGGUGUGUCCAAGAAAAGAUAGAUUUUCUUCUCUUUCGGUUUCUAUUGUUCUUUUCGUUUCGUUUUUGAGACAAUCUAUGUAUGAGUUGGUUCAAUCUUUUUUGCAAAAGAUUAUAGAUUCUGGAUGAUUAUUUAUUUACAUGCAUUAUGGAUCUUUUAUAUUUGUU